UUUGCCGUCGUGACUACAUCGUUUGUUCACGCCAGUGCUGUCAAAAUGACAAGAACAACUCCAUCCACGUUGAUCGUAGUUCUCCUCUUAGCCGGGGCAUUGGCUCAACCUAAACCGGACGAUCCUUCGUGCAUACAGGGUAACCGAAAAAGGAUCCCCGAUUGUUGUCGCAUGCCCUUCCAAGUCGAUCAGAGUAUUUUGAACCGCUGCAUAGCCGAGAAUCCAAAUAUUGCUCUCCCAGCUCCUGGCGUACAACGGACCGAAGGAUGUUGCCUCAUUCAAUGCAUUUUGACCACGGUGAAUGCCUUCAAUAAUAACGCGAUUGACAAAGAAGCAGCCAAACGUGCAACAGCGGAAACCAUUGGAUCGGAUCCGAACUUUAGCCCACUGGUCGAUGGUGUAAUUGAUGAAUGCUACAAUCUGGUCAACAAUAAUGCCACUUUUACGGCCACUCCAGUUUCGGCCACACCAGGCCGACCGGGAUGUAGCUUCGUACCAGAGGGAUUUAUCAAUUGUGUGAAGUCGAAGCUGUUCCAGCAAUGCCCCGCUGCAGUAUGGACCCAGGAUGCUGAUUGCGAUCAAUUGAAGCAGAAGAUUUCAACGGGCUGUUCGUUUUAUUCAUUGAUGGGUUGA